AUGCAGCAUCCACAUGAAAGUGAGCCGACGAAAACUGCAUGGAUAGUGGACGAAAACGAUCCAAGACACGACGAUGUGAUAGUUCAGACGAUUCGAAGUGUUGACGAGAAAGAGCUGGCUCAGCCGAUCGGUCGGGUCACGUUGAACGUGACGAAAGCGACCUUCACUGUGAAGAAGCGUCGAUGGGGCCAGGUGACAGCCAGCAAGGACAUUGUGCGAAAUGUGUCGCUGUCUAUGCAGUCUGGUCAAACUCUUGCCGUCAUGGGACCUUCUGGCGCCGGCAAAACUACCUUUAUGGACCUGCUAACCCUGGAGGGGUCCAGCGGUAGCCGAACUGGCUAUGUAGACCUCAAUGGCAAGGCCAUGACACCAGAAGUCUUCAAGCAGUACUGCGCACACGUGCCACAGCAUGAUCAGGGAUGGCCCUUCCUGACCUGCUACGAGACCGUGCAGUUCGCAGCCGACUUCUUUGUCAGGGCAAACGUAUCCGAAAGGCGUGCCAGGGCCGAUGGAAUCCUCGAGACGAUGGGGCUGCAGUCCUGUCGCCACACACGCGUCGGCAACGAGUACGUCAAGGGGCUUUCCGGCGGCCAGCGGCGUCGCCUGAGCCUGGCUGUGGCAUUCAUGAAAAACCCCCUUGUAGUCUUCCUGGAUGAGGUCACCUCUGGCCUGGAUGCAGCAUCGGCCGCCAGCAUCACCAAGUUUCUCCAGGAACUGGCACGCAGUGAAGAUGUAAUCAUUGCCUGCACGAUUCACCAGCCUUCCGCACGGAUCUUCAAAGGAUUCGACAAGUUGUUGCUUCUCUCUGGUGGCCGCGUCGCCUAUUCAGGGCCGGUGGAGGAUGCUGUGGAGCAUUUCCAAAAACUCGGCUUUUUGAUUCCGGACCACGAAAAUCCAGCGGAUUUCUUUCUAGACUCUAUUAAUGCAGAUUUCACCUCGCAAGACGCAGUGGAGAAGGUCUUGGCAGCCUGGGAGUCGCAACCCUUGCGGGUCGGGAGCGGCUCCUUUGAUUUGGAUGCUGACAUUAAAACGCACGCAGGCCAGCACUUUCUCGUCGAGGUUUGGGUGCUCUUUCGUCGACUGGUGUUGCUGGCGAUCCGAGACCCGACAAUGUACGUGAGCCGAAUGGUGGUUUUCCUUCUCUCGUGCAUCUUCUUCUCCAUAGUCUACCUCAAGUCCCGCGAGCGCACUCAGACCCAGAUCCUUCAGCGCAUGUGGCUACUUCUGUGGCACAUCGGCGUUCCGGCUUGCAUGUCGCUGUCGACCUGCCUCGCACAGAACAUGGAAUUUGUGUCAGUGAAGCGCGAGGUCAAGUCAGGCAUGUACCGGCUCAGCUCGUACCUCAUCGCUCAGCACCUGAUACAGAUCCCAAUGCUGGUCGUUCUCAGUGCCACCGCCUUGACGAUCAGUGGGUACGGCAUGUGCGGCUGGAACUGGGAUGCCUACCCGGAGGUUUUGCUAGUGCACUCGUUGCUGCUGUUCUUCUUUGACUGCGCGGCACAGCUCUUUGCGGUGACCUUCAGUCACCCUCUUCUGGGCCUAUUCCAGGUGAUUUGCCUCUGGUUCGCCAGCUUUCUUUUCGCUGGCGUUCUCGUACCUGAGGAGGAUGUUGUUUGGCCGCUGCGGGUGUUCGCCAUUGUUUCGCCCAUGAAGUGGUCCAUCAAGGCAAUCGUCAAUGCAGAGAUGCACGCGACAACGUUUGCCGGAGCAGUGUUAGAUGACAGCCCUCGUGGCUUUAGUUGUCCGGGUCUCAACGAGCUGGAAUGUUGGGGCGUCACCGGCGAGCAAGUGUUGACAUCGAUCUCGCAAUCCGUCGCGAAGAACAUCACGCCAGAGCGAGAACUCGGCGUCGGAGCACACGGCACCAGUGAGCUUGAGCAGACGAUGGUGAUGUGCUCUGGACACCUUCCACGGCUCGUGAACGUUUCACUGUGCCGUCCGCAUCCGUCAAAGCGGAAGGAGUCGUUCAACGAACUCGAGAUUCAAGGCUUCAGUCUCGGUGGUGCCGCCCUCAUCGUCGACACGAUGACGGAUAACACCAAGCGAACUCGCAGCCAGGUCACGGAAUGUUUCAAGGAAGCGAACGGCCAGGGAACGUCCGUAGCUUUGCAAGGCCAUGCAUGCCGCAGCUUUGACAAGAAAGCCGCCAAGCAAACACACCAGAGCCGACAUACUUCGGUCGAGAUCGCUGUUCCGCGAAGCAUGCGGCGAUGGCACCUUGUCCGGGCAACGCCCAGGUUGCUCUGCCGUUGUGUUGCUUCUGCAGCCGCCACACCGAUCGAGAUUCCAGUGCCAAGUCUUCGGCCCACGAUUGCUGCAAUACCACGCGAUGCUGGGGCAACCUACUUCGGCACUAGCCUGCCUGCGGACAGAGGCGCGGUCUUGCCCGGGCACGAGGGCCAGUACUACCAGAGAGUCCUCCCUGCGGCACAGGUGCCCUUUGCUUCUGAAGAGGGCCGGAGAAUGUUUCGCGAAGCGCUGCUGGCUGGAACGAUGGAGAGCUACUUCUUCCUGGCUGAGCAGUUCCGGACGCAAGACGAGCCGACUUUUUGUGGGUUGACCACCCUGGCAAUGGUUCUCAACUCCCUGCACAUCGACCCCAUGCGAACCUGGAAGGGAGCCUGGCGGUGGUUCAACGAGCAAAAUCUUGCAUGCUGUACAGGACCCGAGCGGGUCCGAGCCGAAGGACUGUCAUUUGACAUGUUUCGAUCCCUCGCUGCCUGCAAUGGCGCAGAGGUCCAGGCCUGGCGCGCGCCCAGCGCCGAGGCCGGCGAGGCGGCUGCCUUUGCUGCGGCAUUCCGUGAAGCUGCUCGCAGCAUCAGUCAGAGCUCCGAGCGCCAAUGUCUCGUGGUUUGCUAUUCCCGGGAGUUUCUGGGCCAGAGCGGUGCAGGCCACUUCUCUCCAGUGGGUGGAUACCAUGAAGGCAGCGACUCGGUGCUGGUGAUGGAUGUUGCCCGAUUCAAGUAUCCUCCUCACUGGGUGCCAUUGGAGGAUCUAGCAACAAGUAUGCUGCAGAUCGACCACGACACGAACAAGCCUCGCGGCUUUCUUCAGCUGCGACUCCCACAGCGAGUUCGGGCUGCUGGUGGUGCCGCUCCGCCGCUGCGUGCUCCUUUCGUGCCCCCAGCAGCUGGCCGACUUCUCUCCGAGGGCUUCGCCAGCAAACUAGCAGAUUUGGACGUGGAGGCCUCAGGGUGCCCGCUGCCAGCAGCGGAUAAUGCCCACGUAGUUUCCAUGAGGAGGUUCCUCACCACCGUGGCGGCCGUGGAACCCCAGGUUUUUGGACAGCUUCUGCAAGUCGGCGAUGUGGCGGCAGUUACAGAGGUCUUCAACCGCUUGGCCUCCUACCAGCCGUUUCGGGACCUUUGCGAGGCAUACGAUGUGGCAACGCGCGAUUACUGCCGAGAAGUCGGCGCCAAUUUUCCUCCGCUUCGCUACAUCAAGGUGGCACGCAGCAAUGGUCGAAACGGCACAACCCAUAUCGACGGCAGCGAGGACCUGACGCCCUGGUCCUGUGGCGAACUUUGGGUGCUGUUGCUGCUCCUCCUGCCAGAACACAUGCAGGUGGCAGUGUCCCCCGACAUUGUGUACCAGGGCUUGGCAAAGGGCCUGACACGGGCCGUGCGCGGACCAUGGGCUUUGCCGCUGGAAGCGCUUCGCGAGACCCUGAGCCACAUACUGCCACAGGCCAGGCAGAGACGGUGCGUCAAAAAAUCGGACCAGGCUGUCGAUGUGUGA